GGAACGAAUACAAUUAAUACGAUGGCGACUGGGGCCGUGAAAUGCAAAAAAGAAAAAUUUGCGGUUCUGUCAAGAUGUCGGAAUGGAUCGUCGUUUAUCCGACUAAACUCAACUGUCAAGUUCGAUCCUUCGUUAAUAUGAUGAAAAGAGUUGGCGGUCCUAAACGAUUUCACCUGCCGGAACCUCAUUACUUUCCACUGGACAUGGAUCGAACCAGUGAUUACAUCAAUGCUUUGCGGGAUAACACCCCCAACCGAUACUAUGACAUCGUCAUGUGCGUGUUGCGAACCAAUCGAACGAACACAUAUUCGGCCAUAAAAAAUACACCUUUUGCGAAAGGGGUAUCCCCUCACAGGUAUUAUUAA